AUGGGUCAAGCUUCAGCGAGCUCCGGCAAACGUAAAUAUCACAUGAAGUCGAUGGACGUCAAAAUUCUAAAACUUAUCAAGAAGUAUGAACAGCUGAAGAAAAAUGGCGCGCUAGAGAAAAAUCUUGAACGAAAAAGAAAGAAGAACGCAUCAAAACAACGCAAGCUUAUACCAAAGUCCAAGUCGACAACUUGA